AUGGGCGAAGUAGUUGUCCCCGGGAAAGAAGACGAGGACUAUAUCCCCCAGCCUACGGAGAAGCAGCAGAAGAUCCUAUCGACUCCAGACUUUGGCAUCGGCGAUGCGGUCGACGACAGCCCGGUGAGCGGGUUCCUCAGCGCGUACGGAUACUUGGAGUCGCAAGAUGCCGACACGGGCAAGGUCGGGGAGAAGACGGUAUCCGCGCUCAAGGACUACCAGAAGUUCCACAAGCUCAAGGUGGACGGGAAAUUCGGAGAGAAGACGCGGCAUCUCAUGGCACAGCGGCGGUGUAGCUUCAACGACUGCAGCGUGGCCUCUGAGGUCUAUGUCCGCGGAGCCUGGCCUGACCGCACCAUACUCUACGCCUUUGGCACUCUGUCGCAGCAAGUGGACAAGAAGAAGUGCAUGCAGGCUAUCCAAUCCGCCAUGGCGACGUGGGCAAAGGAGAUCCCGGGACUCAAGUUUAUCGAGAACGAGGCGCACCGCGACCACGAAGUCAAGAUUGAAUUUCGCAAGGUGCCCGACACGGACUGCGUCGAAAGCCUGGAGGGCGGGGAGCUCGCGCACGCGUCGCUGCCGCCCGGCUUCGGGACCAAGUUUCCAGGAAUGCCCAAGCCGGUGCAUUUCGACGAGACAGAGGUCCAGUGGGUAUUGGGGAAGCAGAAGGGCAAGUAUGAUGUCGAGUCGGUUGCACUGCAUGAGAUUGGCCACCUCCUCGGCAUGCUGCACAACGGCAACCAAGAAUCCAUCAUGUAUCCGCGGGUCAGCGACAAUAAGCUCGCGAGAAAGCUAUCGGAGCAUGACAAGACUGGGAUACGCCGGCUGUAUCCGGAGUGGAAGCGCGUCGGGGGCUCCUUUACCAGCGACCCGGUUCUCGUGUCGUGGACCACGGGCAACUUCACCAACCUGGCCUGUAUCGGCAGCGACGGCGGCCUGCGGCACCGGUACCAGCGGGAGCCGUACGGCACGUGGCACCCGGCCGGCGAGAGCUUCGAGCACCUCGGGGGCAAGCUGGCGGGAAACGUGGCGGCGGUGACGCGCGCCGAGGAGCACGUCGCCUUCUUCGCCCGGGGCCAGGACGGCAAGUGCCACAGCAAGUGGUACAGCGGCGGCUGGAGCGACUGGAUGUCGCGCGGCGGCGACGUGCAGGGCGACAUCGCGGCCGUGUCGUGGGGGCACGCCGGCACCCGGACGGACCUCUUCAUGCGCGGCGCCGACAACGCCAUCCACCACAAGUACUACGACGGCACGGCCUGGACCCCGGGCGUGGAGACGUGGACGAGCCUCGGCGGCAACACCACGGGCAGCCCCAAGGCCAUCUGCUGGGGCGCCAAGCGCAUCGACGUGUUCGCGCGCAGCGCCGCCGACAAGAGCGUGCUGUGGAAGGCGUGGGACGGCGACAAGUGGGUCCCCGAGGGCGCCGACUGGACCUCGCUCGGCGGCACGGCGCUGGAGGACGUGGCCGUGGUUUCGUCGAGAGCCAACCACCUGUACCUCUUCAUCCGCGGCGCCGACAACACCGUCUACUCCAAGAGCUACCUGGACGGCAAGUGGGAGCCGAGCAUCACCGAGUGGGGCCACCACGAGGAGGACUUUGCCAACGAAAUCAGCUCCCCCAUCUCGGCCCUGGCCUACAACGACUAUUGGGACAAAUUCAUGUACAAGCGGAUCAUGCUGGCGGCGCUCAGCUCGAACAAAAUGGUCAGGCUCAAGAUGUUUGAUGGCACAAAGUGGAGGAAGUGGUUUUAUCUCGGGGACAAGGUCAUGGCUGGCGCGCCCGUGCUGCACCCGUGGCGUGAUAACACGCCCGUUGUCGUGGCCCGGGGGACCGACGGCGCACUCUGGAAGUGGGAGUAG